UUCGUGCUGCUGUGUGCCAGCGCCUGUGCUGCAGCUCGGUCCUCCGCCGGCGUCAUGCUGCCGUCUCCUCAAAGCAAAUACCCACCCGUUUCUUCUAGGGCACCAUCAGGAAGCCAAGAGCAUGAUUGUCUGUGCGGUUUGUUUUUGUCUCAGCUUCAUGGCAAAAGGGAUAAAAGAAGGAGGGGUGGAGAGGGUACACAAAAAGAAGCUCUUCCUCUGGACCCAAUGGAACGUGCACAGCCUUUGCCAGCAGCUGGGGAUGAAACUAGGGGGCAAUUGCCAGCACUGGAAAAUGUCUCUCAGCACACAUUGAUUGCAGCAUUUAAGGCAAAUAUUAGGAUGAGUGAACAAGGAUUGGGUCUCAUAAUCAUACAGAAUGGACCAUAUCUCCAGAUAACAAGCCUUGUUGAGAAGAGCUCUGCAGCUAAUGAUGGAAAGCUAAAACCAGGUGAUGUUCUAAUAAAAAUUGGACAUGCUAAUGUUUUAGGAUGGACUCUGCAAGACCUUAGUCAACUCCUACACAGUAUUCCAAUAGGAAAUACUCUACACAUCAGAGUUUACAGAGAUUUUCUUGAAGUACCUCAACACUGGCAAAGUGCACUUGAAUUAAUUCCUGAAGUAAAGCUUCCUGUGAUGACAGCAGACACAGGUGAAGAAGAUGAGGAUGAAGAAGACACCAGGUCCAGUAGUGAUGAUGAUGUAGACCUGGACAGUCAUACUGCUGUGAGUUCACUCAUCAGUUACCAUCAAUAUCCAAAAUCUGGCAGGUAUCUAAUAAAGGCCAGACACUUAAGAGAAGCCACAAGCACUGGCUGUGAUGCUGUACUUCCUAAUGACAUUGAUACAUUGUGCAAUCCUAAGUUUGAUGCUAGUGGUGUUAGACCUCCUUCCAACUGGGCUAGCAAAGACAAUGAGACUAGUUGCUCUUCGUCCUGCUCUUCUGUAUCAGAUACAUCCUAUCUGGAAGAAUUUGUUUCAGAAUAGCUCAAAACUUGACUUCUUCAAAACCUGAAUUUCUGAAGUUGUAUCUUUUUUCUUUUAAAUAAAUGUCUAGAUGUAAAAUAAAUAUCUGAACAGCCUAAGAUACUUUAAAUUAUGUAUUCGCUGUUUUAGCAAUGCCCUCUCUCCCCUCAAAGAUGUUCAUCAAUGCUACUUGUGGAGAAGACAUUCAGAUACACUUCUAGUUCCAGAGAAGUAGCAGCUGCAAGCUCUAAGAAGGUCUAACAUAUUCAUGUUUGUUUAAAGUUAAGUUUCUUCAUUGAUAGAAGGAUGGUGCAGA